AUGGACGACGAUGAUGCCGAUUAUAUGCAAGGCAGCGAUGAUGAGGACUACGGCUUCGAUUAUUCGGACGGAGAGGAUGCCGAUGACGCUGGCAGCGCGGAUGUCGAGAACAUGUAUUAUACUGCGAAGUCAAAAAAGGAGGAUGAUCCAGAGCAGGCGUUGAAAGAAUUCAAAGCAAUUGUGGAUCAAGAGGACGAGAAAGGAGACUGGGGAUUUAAAGCGCUAAAGCAAUCUACGAAACUGUUGUUCCUUCACCUUCGUAGACCGUCAGAUGCACUCAAGACUUAUACCCAGUUGUUGACCUAUACCAAGUCCGCCGUGACAAGGAACUACGCUGAAAAGACCGUGAAUGGUAUCCUGGAUUAUGUCGGCGCGGGCAAGGGUGGUCCAGUCGAGGUUGAUGUCCUUGAAAAAUUCUAUCAAGUAACAAAGGACGCGCUAGAGGAAGCAAAGAACGACCGUUUGUCCGUGAAAACCAACCUCAAACUCGCCAAACUCUGGCUUGAUCGCAAGGAAUACGGGAGACUGUCCAGACUCAUUCGUGACUUGUAUGAUACCACGGGAAACAACACCGAUGGCGAUGAGCAAUCCCAAAAAGGGACUCAGUUACUAGAGAUCUACGCUCUGGAGAUUCAAAUGCACAACGAGACGAAGAAUUACAAGAAGUUAAAAGAAAUCUAUAAUGCCUCAAACAGCGUCCGGUCGGCGAUACCGCACCCACGUAUAAUGGGUAUUAUUAAGGAAUGCGGGGGCAAGAUGUGGAUGGGAGAGCGCCAAUGGAAUCGAGCUAGUGAAGACUUUUUCGAGUCGUUUCGAAAUUAUGACGAAGCUGGAUCGCCCCAGCGAAUUCAGGUUCUCAAAUACCUCGUACUCGCCAACAUGUUGACCGGCAGCGAGGUCAAUCCUUUCGACAGUCAAGAGACAAAACCGUAUAAGAACGACCCACAGAUCACCGCGAUGACAGAUCUCGUCGACGCGUAUCAGCGACGCGAAGUGCAUGCCGCUGAGAAGAUUCUUCGAGAUAACCGUUCAACGAUCAUGGAUGACGCUUUCAUCCUGUCGUAUAUCGGAGAACUUCUUCGCAGUCUGAGGACGCAGUACCUCAUCGACCUGAUCAAGCCUUACACUAGACUGGAGCUAUCCUUCCUAGCACGGCAACUUAACGUACAGAUGGAAGAAGUCGAAGAGCUUCUUAUUGAGUUGAUUCUUGAGGGCAAGGUCGAAGGAAGGAUUGACCAAGUAGCCAUGCGACUGGAGCUCGACAAAACCAUCGAGAAAAGACGGUAUGCAGCUCUGGAUAAGUGGACGGAAGCGCUGGAAUCCGUCCAUGCAGCGGUUGUCGGAAAGAAUAUUGGCGUAGGACGAACCACAGACUUCCCAGACUCCAUGGGCUUCUCUCGAGACAACUAG